CAAAUGUACCCGCAAAAAAAGAUAGAAAAUACACAAAAAGCCUUUAGGAAUAACGGAAAAGUACCAAAAAAUUUCCCUCAAUUAAAAAAAAUUUUCUUACCCAAGGAAAUGGCAGGUGUUCCCACUACUCAAAAAAUAACUAAUCAUGGUCAACCUGAAUGCCCUUUUCCACGAGAGGAUUGGACAAAUAACAAUAAACUUAAUAAUGAUAUAGAUGGUCGUUAUUAUUGUCACCACCUCCAUCAUUCAAUGUCAGAAUAUGAAAAUGCUACAAAUAGUCAACGUUCUUUAGCAGCUUCGUGCUGUUCAGAUUUUGAAUCUGCUAUUGACAAAGAUGAAGAUGAUAAGAGAUUAUCGUUAUCUUCAUUUUUCCAAUUUAAUAAUCAGAAAAGGAAAAGUAUUUCAAAACUUGAAAGAUUAAGACAAGCACUUAUUUUGAAUAAUGAUAGAAAUUGGAGAAGUAAUAGUAGCAGACCUGCUGCUAAUAAUAAUAAAAGAAUUAAUAUUAAAUGUGAUGGAAAUCAGACGUCUGAUGGAAAUGAAGCUGAUAGAAGUUGCUCACCAUCUAUUGGGUCAAUGCAACAAUUCUCCCCUACCACUACCAACAACAAUCACGAAAGAUUAAAAACAAAAACAGCAAAAUUAUUAAAAACCCUAAAAUGGCGUCAAUCAGUAUCCCAUUCUAUUGGUUACGAGGAUGAAUAUGAAAUUGCUUCUGCUCCCCUUUCUUCUUCUUAUGCUUCUUCAGUUUCUGCUACAAGUUGGGGAGCAGAAAACAACAAAAAUAUAAAAUUAUUGCCUAGUGUGGGGGAAAAUACACAUUUUAUUCCUAUUGAUGAUGAUGAGGAAGACAAAAAUAAUAAUAAUGAAGACAAAAUUAAUAUUAAAGAGCAACAAUUAAUAGAAGAUAAUAAUUCGCUGCAGAAACAAAUGCUUGAAUUAAGCAGAGAAAUCCGACGAGAUUUUGGCGAGUUCCAAUUGGCCAGAUUUUCAAAUGAUUUGGAAGAUUGUCCACACAGAACAUUUAAAGAAUAAAAAAGAAAUCUAAAAAAAAAUUUU